AUGUUUGUGAACUGUAUUAUUUGUGACACUUUCGUGCAUAAAGUUCGCGGAAGAAAAAAAGUUAUCACUAGUGAAGAGGACGCUAGACUAUAUAGUGACUCGAGUAAAAAAACAGUUUCUGUUGGUGACGUAUUGUGUGGAAAGUGUCGGCUAAUUAUUUACAAUAGCAAAUCAAACGUUGCAUCAACUUCUGCGGCAUCUACCCUGGUAGAGUGUGAAGGCGAACAGGAGUCUGGUGAACACUUAGCAGUUGGGGAAACAUCUUCUAAUGCUUCAUUCCAACAAGAAUGUGAAAUGAAUUUACCAUGCAGUUCCGAAAGCGACCACGAUGAUGAUGAUGAUGGCGAUGAUCACCAUCUAGUUCCAUGGUUCAUUUGCGUGGACACAGUGGAUCAGUCCAUCCGGCAGCUUCAAAAAGCCAAGCUGGCGUUCGCCGACAGCGUGCUCACCGGCGUCAAGGACACAAUCACAAAUCUAAACAUUGAAGAUCUUAUGAUGCUGUUCCUAUCAUAUCGUGUACGAAAGGACCAGAUCGGAGAGACAAGACCCUACAGCGUGUAUUCGUUUGGGGGAUAUGUCAAUGUCCCAGAGGCU